CGGGGCGGCAGCGGCACCAACACUAAUACCGACCUCAACACCCGCAACCAGCGGGACAAGUGUCCGUGCGGCGGCGGUCUACUUGUUUAUUCUGAGUCUUUGCAAAAUCGUUGUGACAUUUAGAAAAUACCCCAGUACCCUUGGAUCCUGCAUUUUCUUAUACUGCUGGGAUACUGAGGGACUGCAAUUUACAGUAGAGUCACAAUGAGGCGAAGCUCAAGUAUUGCUGGAAGCAGCAGUCGACAAUCUAUGAUGGCACUGAGAGUGCAGGAUAGCAACAAGAUGGGUCUUCAAACACCUCAGAUGAAGGACAGAACCACCUUUGGGAAGCUGAGUAUGAGCAAACCUACAUCUGGAGCUUCAGAAAGAAAAGUCAGCUGUUUUGGGAGCAGAGUGAGUGGGGCUGGAGGGUCACGCAGCAGCCAGUACGGUGUAUUCGGGACAGAAAAGAUAAAGGAUCCCAGGCCCCUUCAUGACAAGGCAUUCAUCCAACAAUGUAUCAAGAAGCUUUGUGAGUUCCUUGUUGAAAAUGCUUAUGUCCCCAAUGUUUCCAUGAAAUCGCUACAAUCUCCCUCAGUUAAGGACUUCUUAAAGAUCUUCACCUUUAUCUAUAAAUUCCUCUGCCCUUCUUAUGAAUUGCCUGACUCAAAAUUUGAAGAGGAAAUUCCCAAAGUUUUUAAAGAUCUUGGGUACCCCUUUGCUUUGUCAAAAAGCUCCAUGUACACCGUGGGUGCACCCCACACCUGGCCUCAGAUUGUGGCAGCUUUGGUUUGGUUAAUUGAUUGUGUCAAGCUGUACAAUGCGAUCAGGGAAAAUGCACCAUCACUCUAUGACAGACAGAGCUGGGGAGGAGAGACUGAUGAUGGAAUUGUACAUAGAAAGCUUUUCAUGGACUACUGUGUGAAGUGCUAUGAUCUUUUCAUGAAAGGGAGAGAUACCUUUGAAGAGGUGAAUGCUGAGGUGCAGUCAAAAUUAAAGGAUUUAUUUAAUAUAGAUCAAUUCCACAUGGAAAGUUUAGAAGCUGAAAACAAAAGACUUCAAGAAGAGAUUGCAAGAUUAGAAAAAGAAAAGGAAAGCGAGCCGGAUCGUAGAGUAACACUACGAAACGUGAAAUCAUCUCUUCAAGCAGAUGUCCAGAAAUACCAGGCUUAUUUGGCCAAUCUGGAAUCUCAUAUAGCCAUCCUCGAUCAAAAACAGGGAAGUCUUAAUGAUGAAGUUGAGACAGCAGAAACGGAGGUAGAAGCAAUGAAGCAGGAGAAUGCACGGCUCCGGCACAUCUUAGAUAACCAAAAGUACUCAUCUGCGGACAUUGAGAGAAUGAAACAUGAGAGAAAUGAACUGCAGCAAACCAUUAAUAAGCUCACUAAGGAACUGGAAGCAGAACAAAAUCAGCUGUGGAAUGAAGAGCUAAAGUAUGCUAGGAAUAAAGAGGCGAUUGAAAUGCAACUGGCAGAGUAUCAUAAACUGGCUCGAAAGCUGAAAUUAAUUCCAGUAAGUGCUGAGAAUUCCAAAGGCCACGACUUUGAGAUUCAGUUUAAUCCUGAGGCAGGACCAAAUUGCCUAGUCAAAUACAGAACUCAGAUCAAGGCCCCCCUCAUGGAGAUCAUCAAUGAGACUGAGGAGGAAAUUAGUAAAGCUACUCAACGGAAAAUGACUUUGGAAGAUACUUUGGAACAGGUGAAUAUAAUGCUAGAGGACAAGAAACGCAGUGUGAAAAUGCUGACAGAAGAAGCUGAAAAGAUGGAUGAUCUUUACCAACAGAAGCUUAAGGAGAUAGAAGAGGAAGAGCAAAAAUGUGCAAGUGAACUGGAAUCGUUGAAGAAGCAUAAACAGCUGCUUGAGAGUGGUGUCUAUGAAGGUCUCAGUGAAGCCACAAAUGAAUUGCAUGAUCUCCAACGACAAUAUCAAGUUGUUUUGCAAACAACAACAGAAGAGAAGAGAAAGAUUGGUGCUAACUUGAGUCGUCUUAUAGAAGCAGUUGCUACUCAUAUAGCAUCUAUAGUGAAAUACCUAGAUGAACAGAAUGUGAAAAUUUACAGAGACUAUGAAGAAUUCAUGUCUGAAGACCUAUUGUCAGACUUGACCAGCAUCCUAGAUAGUUACAAAAAGAAAGCUGAAAGUCUCUAA